UCUACGAUCGGUCGUUCGCGGAUCCGGAGUGCUCUCGUUUCGCCUCCUCCGAUCUGGUCGGCGUGCAUUUGUGCCCCCCUUGCGAGUUCACAUAUACGACAAGCGUCGUCGGUGAAAAUCAGUGCACUCGGAAGAGCCGCGGUAAGGAUGUGGCGAGAUCCUCCAGGCGGAGGGUACAAGACACCCAUCCACGUCGUCGCUAUGCUGCUAUUAGUCGCUGUCCUGGCAUUGACAACGGUUGUCUCGGCUGAAGAUGCAUCUAUGGGACCGGUGUUUGUCAAGGAGCCCCCAAACCGGAUUGAUUUCUCAAACGGAACCGGAGCCGUCGUCGAAUGCCAGGCAAGAGGAAACCCACAACCGGAUAUCAUCUGGGUUCGUUCCGAUGGAACUGCUGUGGGAGACGUUCCCGGAUUGCGACAGGUUCUGCCAAACGGAAAUUUGGUGUUCCCUCCUUUCCGCGCUGAAGAUUACCGUCAGGAAGUUCAUGCUCAGGUCUACAGCUGUUUGGCACGUUCCCCUGCAGGUUCAGUACACAGCCGUGAUGUCAACGUGAGAGCCGUGGUCGCCCAGUACUUUGAGGUUCAGGUUUACGAUCAGUUCGCGAUACGCGGCAACGCGGCUAUUUUCAAGUGUCAAGUUCCCUCGUUCGUGGCCGACCACGUGGACGUGGUGGGAUGGAUCGAUUCCAACGGCGGCAGUUACGUCGCCGACGCACAGUCAUAUGGUAGUAUAAUAAAAACUGAAGGGAUGCACGCGCGUUGCGCAUUGUGCCCUGCCUUGUAAGCUGGAAAAUCGCAAGUCUUGUCUGAAUAGGGCGCAGAUCACCGAACGAGAGAACUGGAUCGAUCGACCGAGUUAUUCGAUCUUGCAUGCGCUUCCCACAAUUUCCUCCUUUCCUCUUAAUGAUACCACGUAUCAUGUUUGCUUGGUUUAAAUGUGAAGUGUGUAAGGCGCAUGCAACACGCCUUACGAUUAGAUAUCUUUCAUAUCGUUGCGAUGUGCAUCGAUGUGCCACUUGUUUAUUGAACGUGUAUAACGAAUCGUAAUGUUGAACAUCGAUCGCGUCUAUUUCAAGACCGGUCGCGCGACCAGUUCUCUUUGACAGGAACAUAUUCUUCAGUUGCCGCCGACAGUAGAGUUUAUUUUAAUUCACAAAGAAUAGAGACGCGAUGGUGACGUGAAUAGGAUUCCUGAUUAUGAUACGCCCGUUUCGCUGAACAGAAUUUAUCGAGUCAUUGAAAACCGUCGUGAUGAUCAUGUUGCAAGAAUAACGUCUGAAUCGUUCGUCGAGUACCUGUUUUUAUUAUAAAUUGCGAAAAAGAUUUAUUACACACUAUAUAAUAUUUAUUACACAUUAUAUGUUACAAUGACAUCGAAGCGUUUUCGUGGUAAUUAAAGCGGACUUGUUAAUCAACACUUCUGAAAAUUUAUGAUAUAAAUUUGCAAUAAUAUGGAAUGUCAUAACAGUGUUUUGUACAAACUUUUAAAUUUAAUUCGUUAAAGCGCGUAAAAAUACGUUAUUUUGUUGAUUAACAACUUAUCCGCAAGCCAGUAUAAUAGCACACAAUAUUUUCCGGUUUGAGAUUCUUUCCUUGAUAUAAGAUAACAUAAAUACUCACUUUGAAUUAAUGAAACUAGCUUUUUUGCGGCUCAUAUAAAUUCGAUUAAAACGUACUAGGAAAUUACGUAAUAAACUGCGUUUACGCAAUCCGUGUGUAAAGCAGAUACAAAUGAUAAAUAAGUUUA